AUGGGACAAGGUGAUCCAAACUCUCGCUACCGUACAACUUCCUAAGGACCUCCUCCAAGACAUAUAUGAGCAAGCGUUCUUAGAGUGUUUGGGUGCUGGUGAGAAGCAGUUGUGCGCCCUACUACUGAAACAUAGCGCUCCCAUGCAGAGUAUGAAGGGCGAUAGUCAGAAGAACUUAACGUAUAGAAAAUUGGAUUCGUUGUUGAACAAGCCGUAUAUACCGGUGGAUAGCGAGUUGUAUCAAGGUGAAGAGAAGCCGGAAAUUAGACGGAAAAAACUAAGUGAGAGAGUUCGUCCAUUCGUACGAGCAGCCGAUGGACAACGAUUAUUAACAUUGUUGAAUCAGGCUUUGAAAUACCAGCAGAACGCUAACCUCCUGCCACCUGGUGAGCUCCUCGGGCACGG